UGUGCCUUCGUCAGUGACGUGCACUUCUCGGUUGGUCUGCAACACUUGCAGUCUUUUUAAUUUGUUAAUAAGUUUGGAAACUGUGUUGUAUGUUUGCUGUGUUUGCCAUGUUUCCUGUUAGUCCAUCGCAACCUUGCCACAGCUUCCUGAUCCAGGCAUGAGAAUGAUUUCAAUACAUUCUUCUCUUGUCAAAAGCGUUCUUAAAGGCUAUCUGGGGGGACAAAAUGAAAAUAUGAAAAAAAAAAAAUGUUUUUGGAAGACAUUUAGGUUAAAAAAAAAAAGGUUCAUUUCCCCCUUGUAUAAUUCUGCUUUGUUGCAUUGGACGUCUUUGUUUUGUUAUAUAAGGCGUUGGCUUUAUACUCCGUUAUAGGCAACUUUGCAUAAUAACAUCAUUAGUGCUUUUUUUCCCUACGGUGAAAUGAUCGAAUGCUUUAAUCAGAUUGCUGAAGACUCAGAGUGCCCUGUGGUGGUGUUCUCGGGUGCAGGGAAAAUCUUCACUGCAGUUUAUUUUGGAUACAGGCAGAGGAAGCUCAGCGAAAGCUUAAGAGACAGAAUGGAGAGGACCCAGCCCUGCCUCCAUUCUGCCCACUGUUUGCCAGCUUGGGAAACAUUCUGCAGUGUGACGUGCUGCUUGGCAUGCUGGGAGCUGUGCUGCAGUGGGCUAUGGAGCCCAGUGGAGGACACUGGUCUGAGUCCAUGCUGCAGAGGGUGCUGCACUUGAUAGGCAUGGCUCUGCUGGAGGAGCAGCAACAGCUAGAGAACAUUGGGGAUGACGAUGAAGUUACUUUCAACUUCACCCUCAAAAUCUCCCAUAAGUUUUGUACAUCAUCUCACACAAUAGAAAGUCUCAAGCCUGUAUCACAGGUCCCGGUGAAGCCCCCGGCAACACUCCAAGCAUCCUGGCUCUGUUAGAGGCCUUGCAGUGCGCGCUUCACUUGGAAGUGCAUAAAGACAUGAUUCGCUGGAUCCUUAAAGUGAAAUUACAUCUUGAUUAUGUUUGCAAUUUGCCUUACUCUCUCUAUGCGUGCACCUAAUAUGUCCACCAGGUGGCAGCCUAGCAUGUUUUACAAUUCACUCACUGAAGGUAGGCGCAACAUACAAAAGAUGAGUGUUUUUACCAUGAAGUUUAAAGCAGUGCUGCAUCAAGACCUGUUUGAAAUCCAAGCAGUGCAACACCGCUCAAGGUGGCGUGGCCGGUAGGCAAAGCAGCACCUCUCACCACGGUGAAGCACAAAUGCUUCACUGUCACAAAGCGGUUUUGCUGCUGAUCAUCUGUAGGUGGCCCUAGGGGUGUUUUGAUGUGGAUUAUUGUGCGUGUUACUUAAAAGCUGUAUGUCAACAUGAAUAUUUAAAUGACAUGUAAGGAUUGCUUACUACACAAACUGAAUUUCCAUGCACUGUGAUGUGUGCAUUUUAUUUUCCAUAUAGUGAAAACUGUCAGGACACCUGCACCAGGCAGAACAUGUACAUAUAAAGGCCAUGGUGUAGGCCAAGGCUAAUGAUGUAUUGCAGUAUGUACUUUGAAGAGAAACAGGCAAAUUAAAUGUUAGUAAAAUUGUAAUGCAUCUUCAGUAUUUAAUGGUAUGGUGUGUGUGUAUAUACUUUUUAGUGCACAAAUGUGUUCUAUUGAACAUCUGCUUAGUUUUGCAAGACUUUGAUUGUGUGUGCAUGUAGUUCUAACUGCACUGCUGUAUCGUUUUCUUGUAAAAGUAUUUUCCUAAAUUAUGAGUCUUUUUCUACACACAUGGUGGUUAGCAUUAAAACGAUGCGUGAGUGCACAGCUGCUGCACCUCCCUGUGAAGGAACAGGGCACUGUCACAAGGAGACUGUGUGGGACAAAGACAAAGCAUAGAGAAAAAGGAAAGCUGAACUGUGCUGGAAAAAGACCAUGACUCAAACAUUAGAGAGCCAGAGUCAUUUUAUCAAUAAGUACAUAG